GUGAGGGCAGGGAUUGAGGCGGCCGGCCCGGCUCGGCUCGGCUCGGCUCGGCGCGGCUGGCUCGGCGGGACGGGGCCCGGCAGCAUGUCGGGGCCCAGCGCCGUGUCGGAUCCCCAGCACCCGGCGCGGCUGCUGCGGGCCCUCAGCUCUUUCCGCGAGGAGAGCCGCUUCUGCGACGCGCACCUGGUGCUGGAGGGGGAGGAGAUCCCGGUGCAGAAGAACAUCCUGGCGGCCGCCAGUCCCUACAUCAGAACAAAAUUGAAUUAUAAUCCUCCAAAGGAUGAUGGCUCAACCUACAAGAUUGAACUUGAAGGGAUAUCUGUUGAUAUCAUGAAAGAGAUACUAGAUUACAUCUUCAGUGGGCAGAUCAGGCUAAAUGAAGAAACUAUCCAAGAUGUGGUACAGGCAGCUGAUCUCCUGCUGCUUACAGACUUAAAAACUCUCUGCUGUGAGUUUUUAGAAGGUUGCAUAGCUGCUGAAAACUGUAUUGGUAUUCGGGACUUUGCACUGCACUAUUGUUUGCAUCAUGUUCACUACCUUGCCUCAGAGUAUCUGGAAACUCAUUUUCGAGAUGUCAGCAGCACAGAGGAAUUCUUGGAACUGACUCCUCAAAAACUGAAAGAAGUGCUGUCGAUGGAAAAGCUCAAUGUUGGAAACGAAAGAUACGUCUUUGAAGCGGUGAUUAGGUGGAUUUCUCAUGAUUCAGAAUCGAGAAAGGUUCACAUGAAGGAUGUCAUGUCAGCAGUCUGGGUUUCAGGCUUGGAUUCAGCCUAUUUACGUGAGCAGAUGAUGAGUGAGCCACUGGUACGGGAGAUCGUCAAAGAAUGCAACAACAUCCCCCUGACGCCGCCGCAGCAGGGAGAGGCCAUGCUGGCCUCCUUCAAGCCCCGGGGCUACUCCGAGUGCAUAGUGACUGUUGGUGGAGAGGAACGAGUAUCACGGAAACCAACCUCAGUGAUGCGGUGCAUGUGUCCUCUUUAUGAUCCCAAUAGACAGCUCUGGAUUGAACUUGCUCCUAUGAGUAUUCCAAGGAUCAAUCAUGGAGUAUUGUCAGCAGAAGGAUUUUUAUUUGUGCUUGGUGGUCAGGAUGAAAACAAGGGAACGCUAAACUCUGGAGAGAAAUAUGAUCCAGAUACCAAUUCAUGGAGUUCCUUACCACCAAUGAAUGAGGCACGACAUAAUUUUGGUGUGGUAGAGAUUGAUGGAAUUCUGUAUAUUCUGGGAGGUGAGGACGGGGAGAGGGAGCUGAUCUCUAUGGAGAGCUAUGAUAUUUAUAGCCGGACCUGGACCAAGCAGCCUGACUUGACCAUGGUUAGAAAGAUUGGCUGCUAUGCAGCUAUGAAGAAGAAAAUCUAUGCAAUGGGUGGAGGCUCCUACGGAAAACUCUUUGAGUCUGUUGAGUGUUAUGACCCGAGGACUCAGCAGUGGACAGCAAUCUGUCCUCUGAAAGAGAGGAGAUUUGGGGCAGUGGCCUGUGGAGUUGCUUCUGAGCUUUACGUAUUUGGUGGGGUCAGAAGUCGUGAUGACAGUCAAGCCAGUGAGAUGGUGACAUGCAAAUCUGAAUUUUAUCAUGAUGAGUUUAAGAGGUGGAUUUAUCUAAAUGACCAGAACCUGUGUAUCCCAACUAGUUCUUCCUUUGUGUAUGGAGCUGUGCCCAUUGGAGCCAGCAUAUAUGUGAUUGGAGAUCUCGAUACAGGUACAAAUUAUGACUAUGUCAGAGAGUUUAAAAGAAGCACGGGGACCUGGCAGCGCACCAAGCCCCUCUUCCCGUCGGACCUGCGGCGCACCGGCUGCGCCGCCCUGCGCAUCGCCAACUGCAAGCUCUUCCGGCUGCAGCUCCAGCAGGGAUUGUUCCGCAUCCGGGUGCCCUCUCCUUGAGCUGCCCGUGGAGGAGACUGGAAGAACUCUGCGCAGCCCACCAUAAUAUAGCUCUAUAUAAAGGAAAAGCUGAGAAAUUACAGCUGAAACUUAACACUGUAUGCUGUGCUUUGGUAUGGUAACUGUUUUUGUUUUAAACGCUUAAAAAGCUUGAGUCUCAGUUCUUGUUUCGGGAACAAAUAACUUCAGUAUACAUUAAAAAGAAGAGAGGGGGGGAUCACAAAAGGGGGAAUCAAGGAAACACCUUCAGUUUUAACCAUUUGGAGUUUAAACCGUGUUAGUGAAGGAGGCUUGUUGCAUCUGAAACCAGUGGGAAUUGGUUCCUUUGGCGGUGUUUAUGGAAAAGAAAAAAAAAAAAAAAAAUUAAGAUGCAUUUCCCCUGAGGGGAACCGAUAAGAAUAAAUGUGCUAUCUUGGACAAGAUAGCUCCAAUCUACAGAAGCUGUAUGAAAACCAACCUCCCUGGUGUACCGCAAAGACUUGUCGUUUGACCGAAAGGCCAUAGGAGAAGUUGGUUGUUGCACCUUUUAUUUCUAGUCCUUCCUCAAAAGUUAAGGUCUGUGCCUAAAAAUGGUGGAGGUGUGUAUAUAUGGUUUUUUUCAUUCAUUUGCGAUGUUUUCAUUCCUACAAAUCUUUUUAAUAUAUUUAAAAUGGACUAAUCUGAAAUGGAUACAGUGUACUACAGAGAAGUAAACUGUUUUCUACGCUGUCGUUUGAGUCGCCUGAGGACCUGGUGUACAGAUGGGUGGCAUGUUUUGCUGAGAGGGCUUUUUGGAGCUGUUUCCUGGGAGUAAAAAAGGGAAAUGGUGUCUGGAAUAGUUAAUGAUGGUUGCUGCUUUUGAUAAACGACAACUAAAGUUGACAAGGAUAAUGGGUGGUGUUCCUUUUUACUUCAGAUCACUUGCAAACUAAGAACGGUUUUUAAGACUGAGCAUUAGAGAGAGAUGCAUUUUGUCUCUGUUGGAACAAAGGUGAAAGAUGACAAGGACAUACUUGUUUGGCAGAAAACAUGAUUUUUGGAUUAAGUUAAAAAUUUUACAGAACUUCAAAUUGGGAUCACAAGUUGGUUUACUAAUGAUUUCUGUGCUAAGGUACAGUCUUGUUUACUGCUCUCUGACUUUGAAAGCUGGGUUUUGUGCUGUGGUUAUAGUGAAGAAUUUAGUAUCUUGCAUUUUAUUUUUUAUUAAGUCUUGUUCACAUCAGUAGUGAUACUUAAUUGACUUUUGUUCAUAGUCAAGAUCAGCUGGUAGAACACUUUUACCUCAGUUUUUUAAUUCAUUAUUGUUGUGAUGGGUGGGAUGUAACCUGUAUUUAUUUAAAAGGAAUAAAAUGAGAGAGAUGGAAAUAUUAAUAAGACCUCCUGCCCUUCAGAAAAAGAGACUUUGUAUAACCAGUAUUAUAACUACAUACAAGACUUUCCACUCUGCAACACUGUGGACCUCAGACAAGCCAAACUCUGCCCUCAGUUGUGUUGGUGUAAACCUUUGUCAUCUUUGUUGAGUCAUCUUGGAUACACUGAGAUACAAUCCCUAACUAGUACAAAAUGAUUAUAUUUCACUAAAAAUUCCUUGAAGAGACAUUCUGAAACUUAUUUUUGCUCAGACCUUCCAUACCACUGAUGUAUGGUUGGAAUUGUUCUGAUUCUGAGCAAAGGGGUGGGAAAAAAAAACAAAAACAAAGAGGGCAGCAGCCAAGCCAUUGACCAUUAUUUAUUUAUUUUUUUUCUUUUGUACAAUGCUGAAGUGCUGCAAAACUUGAACUAUAUACAUAAAAUAUCUGGCCUAUAUUAGUUGGCACGUUAAAAAGUUUAUAUAUUUAUGCAUUGCAGUAAACUUGGUGUAUGUGUGUAUAUAUAUAUAUGUCUUUAGAUUUUAAAUUUAUAUAUAAUGCUUUACUUCAGAAAUGUGAACCACUAUUUCCAUCCUUGGCUGUCUUAAGAAAUAAAACAAGUGCUGUUAGU